GUCAAUCAUGAAGUACAGCCGCGGUGUGAGCAGGUAACAUGAGGAACGGAUGAGGGGAACGGCUCUCUCCUUCUUGCAGUGAACGUAUAAGUGGAUCUUCUUCAAGAGUAUGCCAGGGUACCGUGCGCAUUUUGUUCCGGCGGUGAGCGAAAAUUUAUUAUGCCGCAUUUGUCACCUUCCAGUUAGAAACGCCGUUCAAGUGUCCGUUUGUGGACACAGAUUUUGCGAUUCUUGUCUCAAUGGAGCCUUCAGUAACACGAGGCAAGCAGUCCGACUGAGAUGUCCCGUGGACAGUUCAAGUAUCGAUUUGUCUCAGAUUUACGCGGAUGAUGUGACGAAUCAGAUGAUAUUUUCAUUGAAUGUUGUGUGUGACCACUAUCAACUUGGCUGUAAGUGGAAAGGCCAGUUAAAGAAACUUGAGGAUCACAUGGCCAAUUGCAAGUACGCUCAGGUGGAAUGCAUUGCAGGCUGCGGUCAGAAAGUUCAGCGGAGGAAGAUCACCGAACAUGUAAAGAAAGAAUGUGUAAAGAGAUGGGUAAAGUGUCCCCGCUGUAAAAAGGAAACAACGUUCGAGAAUCUACAGGUAAGGGUUGUGUCUUGUAGCUGUCCAGCUAUUUAUGAACACUUAAGACGUUGUCGACGUUCUGAUUCCCAAACUGAAGAACCAGGAAUAACAAGAGGAGGCAAACGACAGAGUAUGCCUCACUCAGUACGCUUUGAUCCACGUGGCUUGCGCGGCGGUAAUCGAAGCAACAGCACCUCGCAAGAAGCGUUGAAUUCCAGUCCUCCUGCACCCAUGCGUUCUGCCUCGUUUCCAGCUUUCCUCAAUUACGUCGGUCGUGAUGAUGUCCGUAGCGAGGUGGUCUACCGUGGUUCAGAACGAAGCAGGUCUCACACAAUGAGUCAAAUCGAAAUUGAAAGAGAAUCUGACAUUUUCACGUGCACUUGUGGCCAGAGAAUAUCACGUGGUCAAAUCACAAGUCACAUGUCAGAGGAGUGUCCGAGGAGAUUGACCAAAUGUCAGUAUUGUCGUGCGCAAGUCAAGUUUGAAGACAUGCAGAGUCAUCUUCAAGUAUGUCCUCGCUUUCCUCUGAGUUGCCCGAACAGUUGUGGUGUGUCACAGAUUCCACGAGAAGAGGUGGAUCGCCAUCUUACCCACGAUUGUCGCUCAAAUCUCAUUCAUUGUCCUUUUAAGCAUGUUGGCUGUCAACAUCAAUGUCCACAACGAAGCCUUACACAGCAUCUAGAGGAUGGCAUGAAAAAACAUCUUGAGCUCGUUUCACAGCUUGCUCUCGAUCAAAGAAAGGAAAUUGACGAAUUGCGUGAAAUUGUCAAACAUUGUAAGCCUUUCACUGAUAGUAAACUCUACUGGAAGAUCGACGAUUUUUGGAACAAAUUUGAGGACGCCAAGCACAAAACAAACGUAGAGUUGCACAGUCCUUCAUUUUACACGAGUCCUUAUGGGUAUAAGUUCAAAAUCGUGGUGUUCCCGUACGGAAAUGGCAGCGGGGAAGGCUCACAUCUAUCGCUCUAUGUCCGUCUUCUUCCUGGAGAAUACGACUCGCUCUUGAAAUGGCCGUUCGAAGGCGAAAUCGCCUUGUCGCUUUUGGAUCAAAACAGAGAUUCUAAUUGGGGCCAAAGAAAUAUUAGCCAAUCGUUUAGCCCGGAUCCAAACUGGAAGAGCUUCCAGAGACCUGUUAAGAAUGGUGCCACGCUCGGCUUCGGUUACCCACAAUUCGUGUCUCAUCGGGGCUUGGAAUCGACGAGUUACGUCAAAGGAAACUGCUUGUUCAUAAAGGCAACUAUCGACUGCAAAUAUUCUGCUGAUUUGUAACUCAUAACAAAAAAUUAUUUGAGUAAAUUCCUAUAAAAAAGGUUUAAAAAUUUCCAUUGCAUACGAUCCAUUUUAUGGCAAAAAUUCUUACUGUAAGAAAGAGGACAAAUUUCUAAUACAAACAAUAUUUGAUAUCUCAUUGCUCAAAUUCUUUCUGUAGGUUUGGUGAUGAAUAUAGUGUUACGUUUUACAAUAGAAUAGUGGUACAUUAGCAAGCACAGUAAAUGUAAUUAUAAUCAGUAAACAUAAUGAUUUUUGUUUACGUAUUCAAACCAAGAUUUGCGCUUGCUCGUGUCAAAAUAUAUCCGCUGGAUAUGAAGAUUUGAAGCUCGUCAGCGUGUUUUUUAAUGAUUUCUUGUUUGGGACCGGCAAUGAAGUGAACAAAGGACAUGUACUGACAGUUUUAAGUCCUCGUUGUAAGAAUCACUUGGGAUCGUUGUCAUUUAACAGAAACGUUUUACCUAUGAAACUCGCGAGAGUAUUGGAAAACACUGUUAAAGGUGUCUUGUCCGCAUGCUACGUAGCAUAGCAACAUUUCUGAAUUCAAGUGUGGUUCAGGUUAUAAGAAAGCCAUUUGCUCUUUUAAAGUGGGCAAAUUUUAAUGCCAUUCAAGCUCUUUUAUAAGAUUUUAUUAAAACUUACUCGCCCCGAUUUUGUAGCGCAAAAACGUCGUGGAAGCGACAACGCAUCCGUGAUUCUUAAAACUCUUCAUAUACUCCAUUUUCCGACGCUAUGCUAAAUUCUGACGUUGAACUUUAUAUGUCCAUAACGUUGGGUAUUUUCAGUGAGAUUUCAAGGUAAAAAUAUGAGUUAUUCUUGCUAACCACCGAAUAUUUUAUUUAACGCUAAAGGAUGACGUACUCAAAAAUCCUUGGCCUAAACUUUUCAAUUGAACAUUUACAGUUCAACAGGACUUUUUUUAAGAAAGUUCAUAGCACCUUCUGUUUUUUAUUGAUUAGAGAUAUUUAAUAAUUAAAUAGAAGUUUUGCAUACUGCUGAGCGGGAAAAUAACUGUGUCUAACAAGGAUGUGACAGAAUAAAAUAGAGAAUUUAUUGCA